UGAGUGGUUAAGUUGGCUCUGUGCAGUGUGUGUGUUAUCCGCUAUCAGGAUAAGGUCCGCUCCGUGUUUACUCACAGCCAUGCUUCUUAAGUUCAUUUGCGCGGUUGUUACUAGAGCACUGUUUAUUUUAAUUGCACUCAUUGGUGUGUGGAGAGUGAAAACGGUUAAAAAAGAUGACUCGUACUGGCUUCUUACUAUCCUGUUUUUACCCCUGGUUGUGGAAAUGAUUAUAACACUCAGGAGGAGAACAGGGAAGGAGUGUAAAUGGUUCUCUCCAGUGAUUUUCCUGUUCCUUGUCAGCAUCAUACCGACCAUUUGGAUCCUUGAGCUUCAUCAUCAAGAGAAUAAAAGCACUGAUGUCCAGUGUAAACAACUUGAUUCAGAGGGCUUUAAGGCUUUAUAUAACUUGAACACCAGCAAUGCUACUGAAGGGACCGCUCUUUUUAAGGAGUAUGAGAAGGUCUUGUCAUCGGUGUGCCCCAACAACUGGAUUUUGGGCCUACACCAGGCCUUGCUUGUGUUGCUGAUUGUGGGGAAGUGGUUGAUGCCCAACGAAGGAGGACUCACCCGGGACGAGCUCUCACAACUACUCCUCAUCUUUGUAGGAACAGCUGCAGACAUCCUCGAGUUCACUAGCGAGACUCUGAACGAUAUCCAGGACAAGAGUGCAGUGUUGGUUUACAUUAUUCUAGGCGUCUGGACAUGGAGUAUGCUUCAGUUCCCCCACAACCUCACAGUGUUAACCUCGCCAUCAGAGGACUAUGAGACACAGACUGGCUCUCUUCUUUCCCGACACCGAACAGACUUCUGGGGUGUAAUCGAAACCCUCUUGAUUCAGGACGGCCCAUUUUUGGUGGUCCGUCUGGUCGUCAUGAUACACUUUGGAAUAAUUCACCAAAUGCUUGUCUUCUUUGCCAUCAAGAACUUUCUGGUGGUGGCACUAAAUGUGUAUCGACUCUGGGUCAUUUGUUGGGACUCCAGAUCUUGAGAAAGGCCUGUAAAACACACCCUCUUAUUGGAAUAUAUAUUCCUCUAUUGUUUUGUUUUUAAUCACUAAUACUGUAACUGACAUGAAGUUGCAAUUGGUAGAUUAGUAUGAUGAAUAAACCAGCUAAAUCAGUGUAUAUAUAUCCUGGAUGGAUCGUAUUUCUGUGUUCGUGUACAAAUACGUAUAUAAAACAGCAAAAAUAAAUUUGUAUUUGAUGUUUUAGGAAGAUAAUCUUUUAUAAAAACUCAUGCAUACUGUAAUUUUUUCUUUUUGUUUGCUUGAUGACAUCAUGUAAACUGUGCUCAUAUGAUUCCUUUGGACUUCAGAGACGGCGCAUUUACAGCUCGAACAUAUCAGCAACAGCAAUUACUUAUCAAAGACACCUUCUGUUAGUUUAAGAAGAGCUGAUGCAAGGUCAACACCCAUCUGGGGAAUAAUAGCUGCCAGUGUGUUUACUGAGCUGUUUCUAUUUUGCAAGAUUAAAAAAAAAGAAAAAAAAAAGGAUUGUUCCUUAAUCUUCAAAAGAUUUCACACAAUCAGUGAUGUUCUAAAAGUUCUGAAGCUGCUUUUUUAGUGUAAAUAUAUAUAAUCUCAGGUCAACGUUACAGAACACUAGAUGGGGUCUAUCAAGACUUACACAGCCACAAAGUCACAUGUUUAGAAACGUAUGCUUAAUAGCC